GUGGAGGCGGGGCUAACGCUGGCCAAACUCACUGGUUGGUUGGAUGACAUGAAGGAGACCACGGUGUCCAUCCAUGUGCCCCGCUUCAAGGUGGAGGACAGUUUCAGUCUGAAGCAGAAGCUGGAGGCCAUGGGACUGACAGACGUGUUCAGCGAACAGCAUGCCAGCCUACCAGGGAUCCUGGAGGACGGCAGUGACACUCUGUUCAUCUCCGAUGCCUUUCAUAAAGCCUUCUUAGAGGUGAAUGAGGAGGGCAGUGAGGCGGCCGGUGCCACCGGUGUCGUGGCCAUCGGACGCUCCAUCAACCUGGACCGGGAAGUGUUUGUGGCCGACCGCCCGUUCCUGCUGCUGAUCAGAGAGGCCACCAUCAACGCACUGCUGUUCACUGGACGAGUGGCGGACCCCUGCCCCGCCCCCCAGGACUGAC